AUGGCUGCCCAGGUCAGGCCGACAAUAGGGGAAUCAGAAAUUUUCGGGCUUUUCAUUGACACUCAGAAGUCGAUCUUCUAUGAUAAGCUUUUCAACAUGUCGGGUGAACCGUUUGCGAAGAUUGUGGUGGUAGGACUGAAGCUUGAUAAUAGCAUUAAGUCCGGGAAGAUUGUAGUCCCAGAUGAGGCUAAAAAGGGGACGACUGGAAAGAAGAAAGAGGAAGUUAGUAGUGUCAAUCAGCUAGUCAACAAUGUUGGGGGCGCUUCUUAUAGGGCGCCAAUACCAAAUCAACAAUCGGCAGUACUUACACCACAACCUAUUGGUCAAGCUUUCCCUCCAAGGGCUACCUUCCGCCAAGCUGACCAAUAUACAUAUUCAAAGCUGCUACCACAGUUGGUCCAACAGAAUUUGGUCCGUCGGGUUCAGUAUCAGCGUCCUCUGCAGCCGCCAUUUCCUGCAUGGUAUGAUGUUAACGCUUAUUGCGACUUUCAUUGUGGGGCCCAAGGACAUUCAACUGAGAAUUGCCUUAGAUUGAAGCAGGAGGUGCAAGCUUUAGUGAAAAGUGGAAAGCUUAAUUUUCCCAAGGUAGAACAGCCAAAUACUACAGAAGUUCAAACGGAUUCAGCCAACAUAACUGGGAUUGGAGGAAUGACUAGAAGUGGUCGUUGCUAUUCACAACCUAUGAAGGAACCAAUACGGAGAGAUGAGGAGUUUGAGAAAGGAUGUCCUGUGGAUAAGCCGCCAGUGAUGGAACAAGGCCAAUCAUCUGCUCAAGGGGAAAUAGGGAAGCCAUGCUUUACAGAGAAGGAAGCUUUGGAGAAUCUUGAUCAUAUUGUGGGGAGCAUAACUGCGGGACACAUUACCUUCACUGAUGAGGACAUUCCCGAAGGAGGAAGGAAUAGCUUGAAAGCUCUAUACAUAUCAGUUGGGUGCAAUGGGUUUCAUGUCGGUAGAAUUCUGAUUGAUAAUGGGUCGACCCUAAAUAUCAUGUCGUAUCAUUCACUGGAGAAACUAUCUGUAGAUCUUUCCUACAUUAAACCAAACAAUAUGAUGGUGAGAGCUUUUGAUGGAACUACCCGCUCCGUGAGGGGUGAUAUUGAGAUUCAGAUGGAAAUAGGAGGGGUUGAAUUCUUGAUGACUUUCCAAGUAAUGGAUAUAAGUCCCUCAUACUCUUGUUUAUUAGGAAGACCCUGGAUUCAUAUGGCGGGGGCUGUACCAUCCACCUUGCACCAAGCGGUUAAGUUUCGAGUGGAGAAUAAGCUGAUAGAGAUCAAAGCAGAAAAAGACAUUAGAGCUACGCAAACUCACAACACCCCAUAUGUGGAAGCUACAGAGGAGAGUGUGGAGGAUUCCUAUCGCUCUUUCGAAGUUGCAGAAGUGACUCAUGUUAAGGGAGGAAAGUUACCCAGGCCUCAUGUCACCAAGAAUUGGAUGAUGCAGCUAAAGCAGUUGGUUGGGAAAGGGUGGAAGGUUGGAUGCGGUUUAGGAAAAAGACUUCAAGGAAUUGGGGAAGCCAUUUCUACACCAAAGUAUGCUUAUACUUUUGGCCUGGGUUUUAAGCCAGUUUGGAAGGAUCGAGUUGAGUCAAAAGAAAAAAUGAAACAAAGAAGGAUAGCCAGACUUAAAGGAGAGCCAUAUGAAGCAGGCAAAAUGGAGUUUCCUCCCCUGUAUCACACUUUCAGGUCAGCUGGUUGGGAGAACUCAUCAAAGAAGAUAGAUGCCCUUCAUUUGGCCACUGAAGUUUCAGCUGUCAGAGGAAAGUUUAUGGAGUUGUCAGUUAAUGCAGUGGAGGAUGGGUCAGAGGACAGGUGCCCAUGGAUUUACCCAGCAGAGUCAGGAUCAGAGGAGGUCAAUUGGACUGAGUUUGAGUUUCCUGUUGUUAUCAACAAUGAAAUGCCAACUGGCAAUGAAUGCAAAGACGAACCGGAUAGCCCUGCAAAUAUUUUCGAAAGGCCUGUGUGUAAUAAUGAUAUGGCUGAGGAAUAUGCCGAGGACUCAGUGCUACCCUCAGACCUCAUGAGAUUGAUUGAGCAAGAAGAUAGGCAAAUCCAGCCUCAUAAAGAAUCCACUGAAUUGAUAAAUUUGGGUACAGAGGAGAAUAGGAGAGAAAUGUUUUCGCAUGGUCGUAUCAGGAUAUGCCGGGGGCUGAAUCCUGAGGUAGCAGUUCACAGAUUACCGAUUAGACCUGAAUGCAAGCCUGUACAACAAAAUUUAAGAAGGAUGAAGCCGGAUAUGCUUUUGAAAAUAAAAGAAGAGGUCAAGAAACAGUUUGAUGCCGGUUUUCUUGAGGAGAUUAGAUAUCCCGAAUGGCAGGCUAAUAUUGUUCCAGUUCCGAAAAAUGAUGGAAAGGUGCGAAUGUGUGUAGAUUACCGAUAUUUAAAUAGGGCCAGCCCUAAAGAUAACUUCCCACUGCCUCAUAUUGACAUUUUGGUGGACAAUAUAGCUCAUCAUUCAUUGUUCUCCUUCAUGGAUGGCUUUUCUGGAUACAACCAAAUUAAGAUGGCGCCCGAAGACAAAGAAAAGACUGCUUUUGUGACUGCAUGGGGCACGUUUUUUUAUAAAGUCAUGCCGUUUGGACUGAAAAAUGCGGGAUCCACUUAUCAGAGAGCAAUGGUUACUUUGUUCCAUGAUAUGAUGCACAAAGAAAUAGAGCUCAAGUUGAAUCCAUCCAAGUGUACAUUUGGGGCAACAUCUGGAAAGUUGUUGGGUUUUGUAGUGAGCCAGAAUGGAAUAAAAGUAGAUCCUGAUAAAGUUAGAGCAAUUCAGAAUUUGCCUCCACCUAGAACCCAAAAGGAAGUGAGGGGGUUUCUAGGACGAUUGAAUUAUAUAGCUCGUUUCAUAUCCCAGUUAACAGCAAAGUGUGACCCCAUCUUUAAGUUACUUAGGAAGAAUAAUCCAGAACGAGGAAGGCCUUUGAUCUUGUAUUUGACAGUAUUUGAAAAGUCUAUGGGCUGUGUUCUGGCCCAACAAGAAAAGUCAGGAAGAAAAGAGCAUGCAGUUUAUUACUUGAGCAAGAAAUUUACAGAAUACGAAUCAAAUUAUUCCCCACUGGAGAAAAUGUGUUGUGCAUUGGCAUGGGCAGCCCAGAGGUUAAGGCAAUACAUGCUAUACCACACUACGAUGUUGGUAGCCAGACUUGAUCCCCUCCGAUAUAUUUUUGUGAAGCCUGGUUUGUCUGGUCGAAUUGCAAGGUGGCAAGUACUCUUGUCCGAAUAUGAUAUAGUGUAUGUAUCCCAAAAAGCCAUAAAAGGAAGCGUCGUGGCAGAUUUUCUGGCAGACAGAGCGAGUAAUGAUUAUGAGCCUGUAAAAUUUGAAUUCCCGGAUGAAGAUCUCAUGGCUGUAAUGAAUGUCGGGAAUGAGGUUUCAGAGGAGUCAACAAAAUGGAAUGUGUACUUUUAUGGAGCAUCUAAUAUGUUGGGGCAUGGAAUUGGUGCUGUAUUGGUUUCACCAGACGGGGACCAUUUCCCAGCUACGGCAAGGCUAGACUUCCCGUGCACAAACAAUAUUGCAGAAUAUGUGGUGUGUGUAUUUGGAAUUCAGAUGGCUAUUGAAAAGAAAGUCAAAGUUUUAGAAGUCAAUGGUGAUUCAGCCUUGGUGGUAUAUCAAAUGAAAGGAGAAUGGGAAAAAAGGGAUUCUAAGUUGAUCCCUUAUCGGGAAUACCUACUGGAGCUAAUGGAACAAUUUGAAGACAUUUCCUUCCAUUAUGUUCCACGAGAAGGAAAUCAGUUGGCUGAUGCUCUGGCUUCGUUGGCCGCUAUGUUUAAAUUUAGAGGAGGUGUGAAUAUACCGCCAAUUAAGUUGAGUUUGAAAGAAACACUAGCCCAUGUUAUGAGUGUGGAAGAGGAGCCAGAUGGGAAUCCCUGGUAUUAUGAUAUCGUACAAUAUCUUAAGCAUCAGAAAUAUCCAGAGCAUGCUACUGGCAAUGAUAAGAGGGUGAUUAGGCGAAUGUCAUUGGGUUAUUUUUUGGAUGGGGAAGUAUUGUAUAAGAGCAGCCGAGAUCAGGUUUUGCUAAGAUGUGUGAACUCGGCGGAAGCUAAAAGGAUACUAGAGGAAGUGCAUGAGGGAAUUUGUGGAAGUCAUGCUAGCAGGCAUAAAAUGGCCAGGCAAGUUAUGAGAGCAGGGUAUUAUUGGUUAACUUUGGAGACUGAUUGUAUCAAUUAUGCAAGAAGAUGUCACCAAUGCCAGAUACAUGCAGAUCAGAUACACACUCCCCCUAAUCCACUUCAUGUUUUGGUAUCUCCAUGGCCAUUUUCAAUGUGGGGCAUAGAUGUGAUCGGGGCUAUAAAUCCUAAGGCUUCAAAUGGUCAUCAAUUUAUCUUAGUGGCAAUUGACUACUUUACCAAGUGGGUGGAGGCUUCAUCUUAUUCUAGCAUAACACAAUCAGUGGUCCUCAAAUUUAUCAAGAAGGAAAUUAUUUGCCGAUAUGGCCUGCCUGAAAGAAUCAUAACUGACAAUGCAAUGAAUUUGAAUGGCAAGCUAAUUGCGGCUGCUUGUGCUCAGUUUAAAAUCACCCAUAGCAAUUCUGCCCCAAGACGUCCGAAAAUGAAUGGCGCAGUGGAAGCAGCAAACAAGAACAUCAAGAACAUUAUACGGAAGAUGACAGAAACUUAUAGAGAUUGGCAUGAAAAACUGCCCUUUGCUCUGCAUGCCUAUAGGACUUGUGCCAGAACAUCCACAGGGGCAACUCCUUAUUCUCUGGUGUAUGGGAUGGAAGCAGUAGUGCCAAUUGAAGUAGAGAUUCCUUCAUCAAGGGUGUACCGUGAAGUUAAGCUGGAGGAAUCAGAAUGGGAACAAGAAAGAUAUGAUCAGUUGAAUCUUUUAGGAGAGAAAAGAAUGAACGCCCUGUGUCAUGGACAAGCAUAUCAGAAGAGGAUGAUAAGGGCAUUCAACAAGAAAGUGCAUCCUAGGCAGUUCAAAGAAGGAGAAUUAGUGUUGAAGAAAAUUCUUUCUGAGCAACGAGAUCCAAUGGGCAAAUGGGCACCAAAUUGGGAAGGGCCAUAUGUUGUAAAGAAGGCAUUUUCUGGAGGUGCUUUAAUUCUGCAAAAGAUGGAUGGGGAUGAAUUACCAAGUCCAAUUAAUUCGAAUGCGGUGAAGAAAUACUAUGCCUAA